AUGUCCCACUUACAAUACUACUCCUAUCCAGGUUUCGGCGACUCAGCCAAAACCAACUUCCGCUACAACCAAGCAGUUCGUGUCGGCGAUCGAAUCGAAUGCUCCGGCCAAGGCGGCUGGGACCCCAAAACCGGCGUAAUCCAUCGCGAAAUCAACGCCCAGAUCGACCAGGCAUUCGCAAACGUCGACCUGGCCUUAAAGACAGCCGGCGGAAAAGGGUGGGAGCAGGUCUACCGUGUCAACUCGUACCAUCUGCCGCUGAAUAACGAGGCGUUGGAUGCUAUGAAGCGGAAUUUCGAAAAGUGGAUGCCCGGGCAUUGUCCGCUUUAUACGUGCGUGGGGGUGACGAGGUUGGGGGAGGAUGAUACGAGGGUUGAGAUUGAGGUUGUUGCUCAUGUUCCUGAUUCGUAG